ACUAAGGAAGAGAAGGCAGCUCCCUGCAGCGUCCAUUGAAAUUUGUUUGAGAGCUUUCAUUUUGGGUGGGUUGUAGCUUUUUAUACUGUGAAGUCGCGAUGAAUCAGGUAGACGAAAAUAUUUACCGGGCAAAAAUAGCAGAGCAAGCCGAGCGUUAUGAAGAUAUGGUGGCGGCAAUGAAAAAAGUGGUGGAGGAAAUGGGAGACAGGGAGCUUAAUCACGAGGAGAGAAAUCUGCUGUCGGUUGCUUACAAGAACGUGGUCGGCGCAAAGCGCUCUGCUUGGCGAAUUAUUUCAAGCGUAGAGUUGAAAUCGGAGAACGAAAACGAUGAGAAAAAACAAUAUGCCGAAGAGUACCGAGAGAAGAUUGAAAGCGAAUUGAGAAAAAUGUGCAAUGAAGUUCUAGAGUUGAUCGAUAAAUACCUUCUUCCCAAGGAAGAAAAAGGAACUAGUGGAGCACAAUUAGAGGCGAAUGUGUUUUACCUGAAGAUGAAGGGCGAUUACUAUCGCUACGUGGUUGAGAUUGAAAAAGGUGAUGAGAAGGCUAAAGUUGGGGAAAAAUCGAACGACGCUUACAAGAAAGCCCAAGAUAAGGCUAAGGAGGGCUUGCCCCCUACUCACCCGAUACGGCUUGGCUUGGCGCUGAAUUACUCGGUGUUCCACUACGAAAUCAAAAACGACUCUGAAGAAGCCUGUAAGCUGGCAAAAAGCGCAUUCGAUGAGGCGAUAGCAGAACUAGACAGUGUAGAAGAAGACAGUUACAAAGACAGCACGUUGAUAAUGCAACUCCUUCGUGACAAUUUAACAUUGUGGCAGUCGGAAAACGAGGAUAAAGACGGAGAAUGAAAUCGUUUCAAUUUGUCAGUGCAAGUCCGCUCUUUAUACCUUUAACUAAACGACAAGGUGAUUAUCUGUGUAUUACAGGACAGGAGAUCGUGAUAGAGACAUAUUCUUUCAAAUUCUAGUCGAAGGGACGAUGGACGAUUUAGAAGUAGCAUAGGCUGUUACUUAUUUACCUUUUCCUCUGUACAUUGUUGGUUGAAUUUCAGUUAUACUUCACAAGCAGUUGAACUAUGCGAUGAUAAACACGUAUUUGUAUUUAAAUAGGUAGGCGAUUCGAAACCGUCCAGAGAAAUUGAAGUGUGUAAAUCAGUUCCUAACGAGAUAUGAUAGGAUGUUGUGUAUGGAACUGAAUUAAAGUUUGUUUGCUGCGUCAA